AAUUUCACGCCGCCGUCCCGCGUUACGUAAAAAUAGUAGGAGUCGCGCGCGUAUCGGCGGCGGCGGUUCGGGCACGCGACAUUCGCCGACUCCGCGGCACAGUCGGCAUCUCAUCGGCCUGUAGAGACAUUACAACAACAACAUCACCAACGAUAUAUUAUUAUAAAAAAAAAAAAACGAUAAUAAUCGCCACCACCGCCGUAGUGCGUGUUUUUAAGUGAUAAAAAAAGUAUACAUAUAUUACAAUAUAUUUUAUACCGCGUUUAAUAUAAAAACAGAUUUGUUAACGGCUUCGCCGUGCACGUGUCGAUCGCAUCGGAAAAGUUCGAAAGAAACGCGAAGAGAAUCGCAAUCGUCUCUGUAUCCAGACAGGAUUUUUUUUGAUUUUUCGUUUCCACUUUUUUUUUUUUUUUGUGCCAAACAAUAUUAUAUUAUAAUAAUAUUGUCGCGUGUGUUUUUCUGCUCCCAUCGAGUUUUCCCAGAAGUAAAGUUUGUUUUACCGUCCGCCUCGUCGCGAUAGCUGUUUUUCAUCAGUGCGUCUAUACGUGAUAUCCGCAGCCACCGCCGCCGCCGAUGAGACCUGGUAGUACCAAGGUAUCCUCCAUAGGUGGGCACCCCGCGGUACUUGAAGGGUCAUGAAAAAUUCCUUCAAGACAUUAUGGAACACCUGGCAAUGGGGAUGUGGCCGAACUAUCAUGUCCGCCGUGGCAGCCCAUGUCAAUUCAAUUUCCGUGGGUAUGUGUCAGGGGUUCUCGGCAGUACUUCUUCCACAACUCCUCGACUCCAACAGUUCCAUUUUAGUGAACAACGUGGAAGCGUCGUGGAUAGCCAGUUUGGGGGUUAUAUCGAAUCCUCUAGGAGCGUUGAUGUCAGGUGUUUUCAUGCAAACUUUAGGAAGAAAAACAACAGUUCAAUUGACAUCUAUUCCAUUCUUAAUUGGUUGGACAAUAAUUGGAUUGUCUACAGACAUAACGUUUUUGUGUCUGGGUCGGUUCAUAUCAGGAGUCGCUAUCGGCAUGUCGUCGGCUUGUUACGUUUACGUGGCCGAAGUGAGCUUGGCUAAACACCGAGGGGUGCUUUCGUCGUUCGGGCCCAUUUUCGUGUCCAUCGGAGUGCUGAUCGUCUACUCGCUGGGUUCGAUCAUGCCGUGGCAGAUAGUCAGUAUCCUGUGUGCCCUCACGUCGUUCCUGAGCUUUCUGUCGGUGAACCUGACGCCGGAGUCGCCGUCGUGGCUGGCGUCCAAGGGUCGAGUGGCGGACGCCGGCAAGUCGCUGAUGUGGCUGCGCCGGAAACCGUCGCUGGCCGACAAGGAGUUGGCCGACAUCCUGAACAACCUGGCCGACGGCUGCGACACCGGGUCGUCCGCGCCCACGCUCCGAGACUUCACGGCGCCCGCCGUCUGGAAACCGUUCCUCAUACUGGUGUGCUUUUUCGUGCUUCAGGAGGCCAGCGGCAUAUACAUAAUACUUUACUACGCGGUGAACUUUUUCCAAGUGGCCGGAUCGACGGUGGACAGCAACGUGGCGUCGAUCGCGGUCGCCGUCCUCCGGCUGGUCAUGAGCGUCACCGGGUCGGUGUGCAUACAGCACGUCAACCGCCGAACGAUGGCCAUGACGUCGGCCGUCCUGAUGGCCGUGUCGAUGGCCGCGUGCGGCGCCUACGAGUCGGCGUACGGGCCGCUGCUGGUGGACGCCCGGCCGUACGGCUGGGUGCCUCUUGCGUGCAUCCUGUUCAACGUGAGCGUCAGCAUGCUGGGCAUGGUUCCGCUGCCGUGGAUGAUGAUCGGCGAGCUGUUCCCGCUCAAGGUGCGAGGCAUAAUGGGCGGCCUGGUGCCGUCGCUGGGCUACUUUUUCAUAUUCGUCACGGUGAAAAUGUCGCCGGGCCUGAUGACGGCGCUGGCCACCGAUCAGAUCAUGUGGCUGUUCGCGGCCGCCGCCGCGUUCGCCGCGUGUUUUGUGGCCGCGUUCCUGCCGGAGACGCGGGGCAAGACGCUGCUCCAGAUCGAGAAGCUGUUCAGCAGCGGCGGCGAGUGCGACGAGACCUGCAAGGGCGCCGCGGCCAAGUGCCCGGAGAAGAAGUUCAAGCCCGGCGAUGCGACCGCGGUGUACACCAUCAGUUCGUUGGUGGACGUGUGUCACAAAUGACCGACGCGACGACACACGCGCACACUGCACCACCAGGUAUUACGAUAUACACGAUGUGGACUUAUGCAGACGAGUGACUUUAAUAAUAUUGGCAAUUGGGUAGGGUGCACGGGGACGUGUUCGACGUUUUUGACGUUUUUUUCCAAACGUUUUUGUCAAUUAUCGGUUUGUCGUAUACACUCGAGUUGCGGUAUCAAAGAUAUCCGAUUCACUUCGGGUAACCCGCAGCUAUACGCACCGCUCGACUUGUAACGGAUUAGAAAUUUUAAGGAUCACGUCCUAUCGGUCAACUAAUCACACACACAAAGAUAUUUACACUUAUUUAUUUUUUUUACUAUUAUUAUCAUUAUUACUUUAACUGUUUAUUUUUUGUUUGUCGACAUCAAAUAAUAUCGUAUGAAGACGUAAGAAUAAUUGAGAGUAAUUGCUCCCAUUGUAUAUUUUUAUAUAUUUUUACAUGGCGUUAAUGGACUUAAUGAGUACUGGUAAUAUAUACUUAUAUUGCCUAUGUAUACCACCUAUUAUAUAAUACGGCUAUUGUACACAUCAUACCAUGCAUGACAGCGACAUAUGUGAUCGAAAUCAAAUAACACAAUAAUUACGGUUGUUAUUUUAUCCCUAUAUAAUUAAGUAUUUAUCAAAUUAUUUAUUCUAUAACUGUAUUGCCUAAAUUGUAAAUAAAACAAACUUGUGAUAUUAUUUUAUUGUUAGGCGGAUUAUGUAAAAUCGAUUAGUAUUGUAUUAUGUAAAUUUUUUUAUAAAAUAAUUUAUUUACUGUAUUAUAUAUUGAUAAAAAUACAGUAUAAAUACUAAAUUUCUGUAAA